AUGUUCAAACUUGUUCCUAUCCUUCUCGCUUUCGCAGCUCUUACUCACGCUGACGCUGAUUGCGAAUACGAUUGUGAACCCAUCUACACCAUACAAUCUGACCCCUUCAACCUCGUCCUCAUAUCCGAAGACCCUUCCCUGGACGGCAAGACUCUAUCUGCAUGCCAUGCCGGUGCAGCAGUUUUCACGCUUUGCCCCACGCUUUCGGAAGAAGGAGCCCAGUAUCCCGUUAUUCUGACCCACAACACGACAGACACUGCCAUCACAAACACCUUCGGCACCCAAGGCAUCCUCUCCUGGACCAUCCCCUACGACCCCUACCCCAUCGACCUCUCCGUGCUCCUCCAACCCCAAGACAUCGUCCCCUUGUCCAUCGCACAGCUCGCCAUGACCUACAGUGGCGACGGUAGCCUCUCCUUCGACAACAACGACAUACUAAACUUCCAGAAUCCGAUUACUUGGGGGGCUGAGAAACCAGGCAUGGGUGAGUGGACGGGGUAUUAUCGCUGGUGGGUUUGCUUCACGUACUAUGGGACAGGGUAUGUUAGGCAGACUUUGGUGUGGGGGACGGGGGUCGGGAAACCUGGUAAGUUUGGUGCUUUCUUCUUUUUCGGUAGAUGUUGA